AUGGUGUCCGGGGAGGCAGGUGGGCACAGCUACCUGGUGGCGUGCUGGCAGCCCAUCCUGGUCCUAAUGCUGGGCACCGUCCUCUCCGGCUCCACCACCGGCUGCCCGUCCCGCUGUGAGUGUAAUGCUCAGGAACGUUCCGUGGUGUGCCACCGACGAAGGCUGGCCGCGUUUCCCGAGGGCAUCCCCAUCGAGACGAAACUACUGGACCUCAGCAAGAACCGUCUGAAAAGCCUGGGGCCUGAGGAGUUCAUCAACUACCCGCAGCUGGAGGAGCUGCAGCUCAAUGAAAACAAUAUCUCCUCCAUGGAGCCCGGGGCUUUUAGCAACCUUGUCAGCCUGCGGACUCUGGGGCUACGCAACAACCAGCUUAAGCUAAUCCAGUUGGGAGUGUUCACAGGCCUCAGCAACCUCACCCAGCUGGACAUCAGCGAGAACAGAAUCGUCAUCCUGCUGGACUACAUGUUCCAGGAGCUGUACAAUCUGAAGGCUCUGGAAGUCGGCGAUAACGACCUGGUGUUCAUCUCUCACCGAGCAUUCCACGGCCUCAGCAGCCUGGAGCAGCUGACCAUGGAGCGCUGCAACCUGACCUCGGUGCCCACCGAGGCCCUGAGCCAUCUGCACAACCUGCUGUCGCUGCGACUCCGCCACCUCACCGUCAAUGCUGUCAGGGAUUACUCCUUCAAGAGGCUCUACCGCCUGAGGGUGUUAGAGAUCUCCCACUGGCCCUACCUGGACACCAUGACCUCCAAAUGCCUGUACGGACUCAACAUCACCUCCCUGACCAUCACAAACUGUAACCUCACCGCCAUCCCUUACCAGGCCAUCCGACACCUUGGGCACCUUCUCUUUCUCAACUUGUCUUUUAAUCCCAUUCACACGGUGGAGGGGAACAAACUGCACAAUCUGCUGAGGCUCCAGGCCUUCCACUUGGUAGGAGGGAGAUUAGUCACAAUCGAGCCCUACUCCUUCCGGGGCCUUAACCACCUCCGAGUCCUCAACGUAUCCAGCAAUAACCUGAGCACCCUGGAGGAAUCCGUCUUUCACUCCGUGGGGAACCUGGAGACCCUGGCUCUGUACGAUAACCCACUGGCCUGCGACUGCCGACUGCUCUGGGUCUUCCGCCGCCGCUGGAGGCUCAACUUCAACCGGCAGCAGCCUGCCUGCUCUUUGCCAGAGGCCGUGCGGGGCAAGGAGUUCAAAGACUUCCCCGACAUCCUCCCCUCCGAUUACUUCACCUGCCAGAAGUCCAGGAUCCAAGACCACAAGGCACUGCAGAGGCACGUGGACGAGGGCACAACGGUCCAUUACACAUGCCAGGCGGACGGCGACCCAGCCCCCGUGAUCAUGUGGCUGUCCCCCAAGAAGCAGUUAAUCACCACCAAGUCCGUGGGGCGUCUCAGCGUGUCCCCCGAGGGCACGUUAGAGGUGCGCUAUGCCCAGAUCCAGGACAACGGUACCUACCUGUGCAUCGCCAGCAAUGCGGCAGGGAAUGACACCAGGCCUGCCCACCUGCAUGUGCACAGCUACUCUCCCAACUGGCCGCAUCAGCCCAACAAGACGUUGGCCUUCAUCUCCAACCAGCCCAGCGAGGAUGGGGCCAAUGGGACCCUGGCCCAGGUUCCCUUCCCGUUUGACGUGAAGACUCUGAUCAUCGCCACCACCAUGGGAUUUAUCUCGUUCCUCGGCGUCGUCCUAUUCUGUCUUGUCAUCCUCUUCCUCUGGAGCAGAGGGAAAGGCAACGUCAAGCCAAACAUAGAGAUUGAGUAUGUACCCCGUAAGGCAGAGGCAGGUGAGAGUAGUCCAACCGGCGAGGCGUCACGUAAAUUCAACAUGAAAAUGAUGUGA